ACUACGCACGUCUCCCACACAACACAUAAAAAUAACAUUUUAAAAAGUUAUAAAAAAAACGAAACUACAAGAAAAUAAUGGAUAAGCCGUGGCGAGAACGGAGCGAGCUUGGCGUGGCACCUUGGGACACUGAAAACAUUAAAGAUCAUCGGAGAAAUUGGAACGUCGAAUCCACUACUGCUUUAGUUGACAAGGAACUGGGUAGCCCACAAGCUCGAGUGGCAAUGGACAGGUGGAGUGGGAACAGCAACGCCUGGAGUGCGGCCCUAGGGGCGAUGGGUGGUGCGGGGACCGUGCUGCUGUUUGCAGCCAUCCUCUUGAUGUGGAGGAGACCACGGCGAACUGAGCCCCACACUUUGGCACCAAUGGAUGUGGGACAAAAUGAGAUGCUGAUCCCGAAAGAGCAGUGUCGCGUGCAGCCUCUGAACGAGGUGCGCACUGCUAGCUCACUGCCGCACGCAAGACUCGCUCGGACACCAUCCAUUUCCUCCCAGAGUAGUCUCGACAGCGGGACUUCGAGAGCCACUAGUCACCGCGGCUCGUCGCCGGCUAUCCGUACGUUCGCUCCUGACGGGCGCACAUUGGAAGCCGGGAGCACGGGCAUACCACGCUCGCCGUCGCCUCUGCGUGCUGCCUCCCUGGACGUGCGCGCUGCCUCACAUGCACACGGAUCACUUGCCUCCCUCGCAGACUCCCCUGCUCCCUCCAGCCCCAGGCACGUGCCCCCUAGGUGUCUGUCGCCUCUACUUAUGCCGCCCAGGCGGAUAGAUCGCAGUAAUUCCUUGGUGGAGAGCAGCAGUGGAGUGGGCCCUCUAAGUCCCGGCGCGGGCGCUGCCAUCAGCGCUCUAGGGGCCCUGCAGCCCGACCUUUACACCAAACGAGAGGCGCCGUUAGUUAUCGAGCUGGAGGGCGCAGGGCCUUCGCUCGGCAGAAUACACCUACGAUUGAAAUACGACUUCGACAGAUCUGAUUUGGAGGUUCAUUUAAUUGAAGCGCACGACCUAGCGGGUUACGAGGCAGGCGGUUUCAACGAUCCCUACGUGCGAGUCAGCCUACUGCCUGAGGUGGAUACGCGCGUGCGUCAAACUCCUGUCCAUAGAAACGAGGCCAAUCCGUUCUUCGAUCAGCACUUCAAGUUCCCGGUGUCCCAUGACGAGCUGGGUGAUAAAACUCUCCUACUUCAAGUUUUUGAUUAUGACAGAUUUUCGCGUAACGAAGUGAUGGGCUCUGCGAAGGUGCCUCUGUGCCGCGUGGAGGUUGCAGGCGGCGCGGAGGUGUGGGCUGAGCUAUCGCGCGAGCGCCGCCCGCCCGAGGAACUGCAAGAAUUGCUAUUGUCGCUCUCCUAUCUGCCCUCGGCAGAGCGUCUCACUGUUGUCGUGCUUAAGGCGCGCAAUCUCCUGCCUCCUCAGGAAGGGAAGGACGCUUUAGAUGUGUACGUGAAAGUAUACCUUCUUGUAAAUGGGAAGCGAGUGAAAAAGAAGAAGACGAACAGGAAGGAGAUAAAUAACCCCGUGUGGAACGAGGCUCUCUCCUUCAGCCUGCCUUCUGCUAAUCUUCAGGAAGCUUCUAUUGAGGUGUGCGUGGUGACGGGUGGCGGCAGCGGGCUGGUUGUGGGCUGGUGCUGCGUUGGCGCUGCCGAGCCCGCCGCUGAGGGGCGCCACUGGGCGCAGAUGGCGCACGAGACGCGCAAGGCUGUCGCCAUGUGGCACACACUCAGAUAGACUGCCAUCACAUCGCACACAUCACACCUCACACUAUACCAAUAUGAUCUUUUCUUAUGUAACUUUGUAGUAGUGAGUCAAAUAUUCUAUAUUCUAUAGAUCUAUUUCAAGUGUAAACGUGACCUUUGUAUUAGAAAAUAUUUAAAUUAUAACUUUGAAUAUGUAAGUAACAAAGUUGAACCAAGAAUAUUUUUAAAAUUAUGAUAUCUGCAAAUAUCAAUGCUGUUAUGAAAAGGAUGAGGUUAAUUACCUCGUUAAACGUCGAUUAAUGCAAAGUUAAUGUUUUUUUUGUUUCUUUUUCAAUAUAAUAUAAUUAUUUUCGUUUUUUCUACCAAUUAGUCGUCGUAAGCCGUAAAUGGUGAUCUUUCUCUUGUUACAAUAUAAAGAGUAAGCAUUCUAGAUUUAGUUUAAAAUUUACUAAAACGCACAAAAAUCACUUCAUUAUCUAUAUUACAUUUUCGUAGUUAGAAAAGAUCAUAAUUGUUAAUGUGUUUAUCAAUAAUUCACAAACACAACAUUUUCAAGGCGACGAAUGCCUUUUAGGUAAUUUAAAUAACUAUAAAUCUCAAAUGUACUAGUAUAAAAUCCUAUUGUCCAAUACAAACUGUGGGCUCUUUUCAUUACUUAUAUAAUUAAAAUGUUUAAAUUAAUUUUAUCGUAGCCUGUUGACGUGAUUAUUUUUUUUAUCACGUUAUCAAAUAACACUCAAGUUUUUAAUAUCAUAUAUCGACUGAAAAAUUAUAUCAAAAUUGAUUGAGCUUCGGAACACCAAACUAAUCUUAUGAAUUUGAAGAAUUUUAUAAUAAGACUAAAAUGUUAAUUUUAAAAAUUAAAAUGUCACGUAAUUAUGAGUUGGUUUAUAGAUCAAUAAUAUUGAAACUUCUAAUUGCCCACAGUUAUUUAUGUAAUACAUAUGUGUCGAAUCAUUCUAAUAUAAAAUGGUGAAG